CUCCCCCCCGCACAUGGAUCAGCAUGUAUAAGGUAACAUGUUGCUUUUUUCCUCACUUGUUGCCUCUGCUAACUUUGCUGUAGAUCUCUAGACUGAGCGUAUCCCAUCGCUGGACCUUGAUGUCCGCAUUGAGGGGCAGCGUGCAGCCAAGUCACUGGCAGUGCUAGACACAUUGACCAGUUUGAGAUUGCUGAUCCACUGCUGCAGACGGCCUGCUGGACUGAGUCACGUUACCUUGGAGAGGGGAGGGGGAAACAGAGCACUGGCUGCACAAGGGCACCCUCAUUCAGGCUGUGGUGUGACUGAUGCACGGUUGACUCUAAACUCUUGGAGGGAGGAGUAGUUGGACGGUGGCCCUGACUGGUUAGGGAAUGCUUGAACACCUCUGCCUGGCUGGAUUUAGCUGUAGAAGAAAAGCAGUAAUGGGAUUGUCUCUGAGAGAAACGAGCUGGCUGAGCACGUUUAAAUGGAGGGAUCUCUGACUUGAUACAGUGGGCAACACGGCAGACAAGGAGGCAUUUUCUUGGAGUUUUAUUCCAUCUCUUCAGAUUACAGCUGAUUGUUUAUUCUUCAGUGGAAGAUGCUCAUGACUGACAAACAGACUGGAUGCUAACUGAAAGUGGAGCACUGAGCCAAAACAGUACAAGACCUCCGAAAUGUCUAAUAAGACAUUCAAUAUGUCUACUGAACAAGUUGAGUGCACAGCUCCUCUGCCCCACAGAGACCUACUCCUGAGCCCCUCCCCGGAGAGUCAUUACAGCAUUUCGUCACUGUCCCCGUCACCCAACUCAAACAGUUGUAUUUCUAACUUGAGCGACAGAGAAGGUGAUAGCUCGCCUGACAUCAACAUGCUGGAGUCCCUCAGUGAUAGCUCUCAUAUGGAUAACCUCUAUGACGCCACCAUACCACAAGCCAUCGCAUUCUGCGAUGAAGACGUAAACCUGAACCAGACUUUUAUUGCCACACCUCUCAAUGGCAAUGUGAACUUCUGGAAUGAAAACCUGAGUCUAAUCAGCUACCAUGAAAAUGGUUCAGAGAACAACCAGACUUUCAGUAAGAGCUCAGUGGAUGGAAGUGAUAGUGCAGUGAUGUCUCCAGACUCUGCUGGGAGGGAAAGCCAGCUGGCGUCAUGUGAGACCUCUCGUAGAGGAUCCACUGAGAAUGACUGCAGCUCCCUCAGCUCAGGGGAAAUGGUGAUGAGAAGUAACAGUUUUUGUCUGGACGACCAGUCACACUUGGUGGUCUCUUCCCUGGAUGAGUCGUCAAUCGCUCAAGUUGCUGGCUGUUCAACACUACCUGCUGAAUCGUAUCUGCUGUCAAACACUCUUCCAGAUGUCUGUGAAAAUUUCAAAGAAAGGGUUCUGAAGGAGGAAAUAGGCCAUCCAUGUCUUGGCAAGACUUUCAUUCAGGCAGAGUCCCCUACUACUGAAGAGAAUAAUAACUCAACAUCCAACUUGCUUAUAGCUCUGCCAGAUGAGAAUGAAGGAGUGUUUUUUAUGACUUUUGUUUGUGAACAGUCUCCAGAUAGUGAAGAGGAGGCCCAGUCUCCUGGUGCUGAAGCAGAGAUGGUUACUUUACUGGCACAAUUUGCACCUGGACAAGGCAAGGCUGUUGUUUCCACUCUGUCAGCUACACAAGACAUUGAUAAAUAUAUCCAGACUUCCACUCCAAUACAAACCAUUGGAAGCACAAAACCUAACCUCCCCUCGUUGUCAGAGUCUCCCUGCACUGAACAAGCAGUCACCCCAGGUCUCCCGCCCGGGAAACAGAAGCAAGUAUCAGGAACUAUUCUACAACCUUUGGUUGCAGGACUGCAUUUAGCCAGUAAAAUUAAGAAAAGGGAAAUAAAGAAGUUUCCUAAGUCAGACUUUAGCAAAAUUAAAUCUAAAGUUGUGACAAGAAAUAUGCAUCAAAUGUCAGGAGCAGGCAACGCUUCACAGCACCAACUGUCUCAAGUAAACAUUAACAAACCUGCUGAGUCACAUAGAGGAGCUGCCACCAGAGCAAGUCCUGCCAAGGAAAGGAGUAGAGCUGCAGGGGUCUCUACCACUGCCAAAUUAUCCAAUGACGCAACAAGACAAGUGAAUUCAGGGGCAUCUAAUUUGGGAGCAACAGGGAUGCGCUCAACCGGGCAUUGUGCAGUGGAUGGACAGGAUAAGAGUGUAGUAUCACAACCUUGCCAACUUGCAUCUGUAAAUACACAUGCUGUGGCAGUCGAAUGCAGUAAUGCCUGCUCCAAAACAGAACAUGCAGCUGCAAGCCAGUUGGCAGACACAGCAUCAGAGCAUGCUGGCAACGAGACCUUCUGCUUCUCAUCCUUGGAAAAAUCCCCAGAUGAAAGUGGCAAACCAACUCCAAAUAAAGGCGCCUCAAAGAAAAUUGAGGUCAGGUCAGGCUCAGCAUUGGGUCAGGACAAUCCCCCUGUCCUCAAGUCCAGACCACGUUGCUUAUCUGAGAGUUUAUCAUCAGCUUCUUUGCUGACUAGGGCACAAAGAACAACUCCUAGAUUCUCCACAAGCUUAACCAUCCCCAAAGCUGACAAACAGCUAGGCAAAACUAAACCAGGGACCCUGAAAUGCUCUUCACAGAAUAAACAAGCAGUGCAGUCUGAGUCCACAAACAGAGACGCUGAAAACGCCAAAAGAGGGGUCAAGAGGAUCAGUCUGGUGGUGGAGUCGAGCAAAUCCACAGGAGCUCCACUGAAUGACAGUAAAAGCAGAUUUCGAGAAGGGCCAUCUCCCAGACAAGUCAGACGGGCACCGCUUUUUCAGCCUCCAGCUGCAAAUCCAAGACAAGCCACGCUGUCAGUCAGGCAGAGGCAGGGAACUGUGGGCAGGGAUGAGUGCAAGACCUCCAAAGGUGCAGAGACGGUACUACAAAAGCAGAAGAGCAAUACAGGCGGUCAGAGAAUACAGACCACAGGAGGGUCAUUCCUUGGAACUGCCUCAUCAGCGAGUAAUAAGCCCCAACUGUAUCGAUGCCAAACUCCUCAGACUCCCACUCGUUCUUCUCUUAUGGGUCCGCCACAAACUCCUGCUUCCAGACUACCACGUAAAACCCUGGGGCCAUCUAGAAGCCUCGGUGAGGCCGGUGUUAAAGCUGAGCUGAGUGAAGGUGCUGGGAGUACACAAGUUCCUGGUGGAGCUGCACAUAAACAAACACCAUUCAGAACCGCUGUGCUCAAAGCAAAACUCAUCACAAGCCCUAAGACAAUCGCACAAACAGCUUUGGGCUCAGUGUGCAAACCUUCUGCUCCCACAAUCAAAGGAUCUCAAAGUUCCUUAGUUAGUCCACUUAAAAGAACUGCUUCUGCAAGACUUCGUCUAACAAAAGGACCUGUGGACAAGAGCAAACCAAAGACCUGCUCCCACCCACAACAACAACCUCAGCAGCAAGCAUCCCAACCCAAGCAGAGUAAUGGUCCUCCAGAUGUUGUACCGGCGAGUGUGUCUGAGGGUGGGACCAAGAAGCAGAGCACUGACAAGCUCCAAGGACUCCUGGCAGCUAGCGACCGCAGAUUUGAGGCAGUCGCCAUCGUCCUGCAGAAGACUUUGUCCGAGCGUGAAGAAGCCACAAAGCACUGCAGGGAGCUUUCCCAGGAGCUGGUCGACCUCAGAGGAGAGCUGGUUUGCUCCGUUCAUUCAUCUGAACGGCUGGAGAAGGAGAAGGAUGAGUUGCGCGUUGCUCUGGAGGAUGCGCUGCACAAACUGCAGGAGCAGCACCAGAGGGAUUUGGCGGAGCUGGAGCAGAGACUCCAGACCUUCUACCAGGAUGAGUGGGACAAGGUCCACCUCACCUACCAGGAGGAGGCUGACAAGUGCAAGAAUGUCAUGCAGAAGCAGAUGGAAGAGCUUAAAGCCAAUCAGGAAGCCAUUCAGCUGGAACUAGAGAACAGCCAUGCACAGCAGCUGCAGUGUGUUCAACAGCACCAUGAAACGUCACUGGAAGAAUUCAGAAAGAUCCACAACCAGGAGCUGCAGUCUCUGGACAGAAGUUUGAAAGACGCAGAAGCUGCUUUAACUGGAAAGAUAGAGGUGCUGACUGUGGAGAACAAUGCUCUCAUUGAGAAGCUAACUGCAGAGGAGAAUAGGAGGAAAGAGCUUGCCGAAAAGUGUCAGAAAGACUCUCACACCCUGUACCUGGAGCAGGAGCUAGAAAGCCUCAAAGUGGUGCUGGACAUCAGAAACAAGCAGCUCCACCAGCAGGAGAAGAAGCUAAUGGAGGUCGACAAACUGAAAGAGAAAAAUGUGAAGUUGGAUGAGGGCCUGCAGAAGGUCCAGCAGGAGAAUGAGGACCUGAAAGCCCGCAUGGAUCGACACGCUGCACUGUCGAGACAGCUGUCGUCAGAGCAGGCAGUGCUGCAGGAAUCCCUUCACAAGGAGUCCAAGGUGAACAAGCGUUUGUCGAUGGAGAAUGAGGAGCUGCUGUGGAAACUUCAUAACGGAGACCUGAGCAGCCCUCGCAAGGCGUCCCCCAACGCCGCCUCGCCCUCGCACUCCUUCAGCCUCUCAUCCCCACGCAGCUCCGGCGUGUUCUCCAGCCCGCCUCUCUCUCCCAGAUAACGAUGGGCCCCUGCUUCCAGGAAGCAGACCCUCUCCUAUGAGUUGUCCCUCUGGAAUAUUAGAGCCAUGUUUGUUUCCUUUUAGCUUAGCAUUGCAACAGCCUGACUUUGGCUCCUUCAGGAUUGGAUGAACUCUCAAACUCUGUGCAGAGAGAUGCUACAGACUGUAAAGAAACGUUGCACAGAAGCACUUAUGAAGCACGGUGACCUUGUUCUUUGCCUUUAGUCUCCUACUAUGGAUGGGAAAAGGAAAUCUCAGGACUUGUAUGAAACGAUGACACUAUUUUUGUAACUUGUUCUUGUUAGCAGAGGCUUGUUUUUCCUGAAGCUUAACACGCACACACACACACACAAUAUAAUACAUGCAGUUAAAAAUAUACACACAUACUCACACUAACACAUGCAGAUGUUGAGAAAAGGCUUCUUAGUGUCUAUGGUGAUCACAGCUAUGAUCACCAUAUACACUAUUGUUCCAAAUCUAUGCCAACGCUGUAUUUAAACUGACAUUGGGUCAAAGGACGGUGUCUUUUAUAUCUAGGUUAGCAAUUCUAGGAUCAGCUGUGGCCUCAAAUGUUUCGUCUUUCACAUUUGUUUGUUUGACCACGGGACCAAUCCAAGUCUUUGUGCAUGUUUCUGUUUCCCCUAUUGAACCCUCCAAACGCAGCUUUAAUGCCCGUGUCUUUGCAAAGAGUUGACCAGAAAAAGCUUUACAGUACUUGUACAUUUUAGAGACACUGCCUCUUGAAACUGUCUCAGAAGAGUAUUCGUGUUGAAUUGAUGUUAUUGGUGUAUUUACCCUGUUUGAAAUAUGCAAUUAAUAAAGUCUUGUACUGAACCUGUUGAUUAA